AUGACUGUCCCGGACGAGGUUGAUAUUAUCGUCUGCGGAGGCGGCAGUGCAGGAUGUGUUCCUGCUGGGCGUCUGGCGAAUCUGGACCAUGACCUCCAGGUCCUCUUGAUUGAGGCGGGCGAGAGCAACCUCAACAACCCAUGGGUGUAUCGUCCUGGUAUCUACCCAAAGAACAUGAAGCUGGAUUCCAAGACAGCGACAUUCUACUACUCCCGCCCUUCCGAAUGGCUUGAUGGACGUCGAGCGAUCGUUCCCGCCGCCCACGUCCUUGGUGGGGGCAGCUCAAUCAACUUUAUGAUGUACACGCGUGCCUCAGCUUCCGACUACGACGAUUUCCAAGCCAAGGGAUGGUCCACCAAGGAGCUGAUUCCUUUGAUGAAGAAGCAUGAGACCUACCAACGUGCUUGCAACAACCGAGACAUCCACGGUUUUGAAGGCCCGAUCAAGGUUUCGUUUGGCAACUACACCUAUCCCAUCAUGCAAGACUUCCUUCGAGCGGCCGAAAGCUUGGGAUUCCCCGUCACUGACGACCUUCAAGAUCUUGUCACUGGACACGGUGCCGAACACUGGCUCAAGUGGAUCAACCGUGAUACUGGCCGUCGUUCUGAUGCUGCUCAUGCCUACAUCCAUGCCACUCGUGCCAAAUACCAGAACUUGCACCUCCAGUGCAACACCAAGGUUGACAAAGUGGUCAUUGAGAACGGCAAGGCAGUUGGCGUCUUGACUGUGCCAACGAAACCAGUUGGUGGAACCAACCCACCUCGCAAAUUCUGGAGGGCUCGCAGACUCGUUAUCGUCAGCUGUGGUACCCUGAGCUCGCCUCUGGUCCUCCAGCGAUCUGGUAUUGGUGACCCGGUGAAACUCAGGAAGGCUGGCGUCAAACCCAUUGUCGACCUCCCCGGUGUUGGCCUCAACUUCCAGGACCACUACCUCACCUUCGCCACCUACCGUGCCACGCCUGAUACGGAGUCCUUUGAUGAUUUUAUCCGUGGUGUCCCAGAGGUCCAGAAGGCCGUCUUUGAGGAGUGGAACCUCAAGGGCACCGGUCCGUUGUCAACCAACGGUAUCGAGGCUGGUGUGAAGUCUCGACCGACCGAGGAAGAACUCGAGGAGAUGAAGUCGUGGCCCACACCGGACUUCAGCCCCGACGGAUGGGAGAGCUACUUCAAGAACAAGCCAGACAAGCCCGUCAUGCAUUACAGUGUUAUCUCAGGAUGGUUCGGUGACCAUCUCGACAUGCCUCCGGGGAAAUUCUUCACCAUGUUCCACUUCUUGGAGUACCCAUUCUCUCGCGGCUUUACCCACAUCGUCUCUCCAGACCCAUAUGAGGCUCCUGACUUCGAUGCUGGGUUCAUGAAUGACAAGCGAGACAUGGCUCCGAUGGUUUGGGGUUACAUCCAGUCUCGUGAGACGGCCCGUCGCAUGCAAGCCUAUGCUGGUGAGGUCACAGCUAUGCACCCUCACUUCAAGUUCGACUCGCCGGCCCGAGCUGCAGAUUUGGACCUUGCCACUCGCAACGCCUACGGUGGCCCGAACCACAUUUCUGCAAACAUCCAGCACGGCAGCUGGACCAUCCCGGCGGACGGAGGAGAUGAACCUGCGGCCACCACCCUCAACUCGAACAAGCAAAAUUUGCGUGAGAAGCUCAGGUACACCAAGGAAGACAUUGCUCACAUUGAAAAAUGGGUCCAACGACACUGCGAGACUACUUGGCACUCCCUUGGAACUUGUAGCAUGGCUCCAAAAGAGGGUAACAGCAUUGUUAGGCAUGGUGUCUUGGAUGAGAGAUUGAACGUCCAUGGUGUUAAGAACUUGAAGGUGGCUGAUCUCAGUAUCUGCCCUGACAAUGUUGGCUGCAACACCUUCUCGACUGCCCUACUCAUCGGCGAGAAGUGCUCCGUGCUCGCUGCUGAGGAUCUUGGAUACAGGGGUUCCGCCUUGGACAUGAAGAUCCCAACUUACCACGCACCUGGUGAGACUGUUGGUCUUGCUCGUUUGUAG